GCUUGGAGGCGGGGGUCUGACUCCGCCUGGCCAGUUCGAGGGUUGUGAAUGGGCAGCGCGCCCAGAGCCUGGGUCGUGAUUGGUGGGGUAAAAGACAAUGGGAGGCGGAGCUGUCGUUACACCGCGGCUCCCGAUUGGACCAAACGGGUGAUUGGCAGGCCGGGCGGAGCCAGCCCUUGGCUACAUUGUGUUUGAAACAAAAGUAACAAUGUGAUCGCGGAGCCGCGAGUGGAGCGGAGCGGAGCGCAAGGAAUCGGCAGGAAGGGAAGGAGCUGGAUCCCGGCUCCCACAGCAGCUGGAACCUAACCAGCGGCACGUACAGAUAGGGUAAGGGAAGGGCCAGGAGAGGAAAGAGAAACUGCGAGAGGAAAAGCCACGAAGGGCGUACGCACGGCGUUGUUCGGGGAGGAGAGCUGCAGAGCUUACCUGGGCUCUGAAUCUGCUCCAUGCGAUUGGUGUCCGCUUUGGAGGAGGAGGAGAGUCGAGGGUGCCGAGAGGGCAAGCGGUCAAGACCCUCCUCCGGGCCUGGAGAUUACUUUCGGAGAAGUUAAACAUCGGAAGAUCUCUGAAAGUUUCUAACCUGGAGCCCCCUGGUUUGCUUGUGCGGUGCGGGCGAUUCAGCACCUUCACGAGUGGAGAAGAGGGAGAGCCGGAGAUUAUCGGAGCGGGGCAACCCCUGAAGAUCACUCCGGACUGCAGCAGCAUAGCUGAAAGUUACCAGUUCAGACACAGAGCGUGGAGAAACCGCCCGGGGACGACAGAAAGAUCGCGGGAAGAGUGUCAGAGAGGUUAUUGAGAGAAUCACUGGGAGUGUUUUCAUGGCUCGUGUGUCAAUGCUGCAUUUCCAGGGCGGCUUCUUCGCGCUGCAGUAGAGUGGGAGCUGGCCCGUUUCCUUUCAGUUUCCCCGGUGCGGCUGGGGCGACCUCUCUCCCAGUUGCAGCCAGUUAUGGUCUGAGGCUGGCAUCAGGAGUCUGACUGCGGUGUGCCCUAAGGGAUUGCAGAACUGGAGGAGGAGGCGGGGGUCAAGGAUGGUAGCUGGGGGGCUGUGAAGAUCCGGUGCAGGUGGUCUGUAAGUGAUCGCAGGCGUUCACUGUGACUGUUCCCCUGUGCCCACUUGGCCAAGCCAGUGACCAUGCUGCGGGCACAUUGCUUCCUCCUGCUAGCACUGGCGGGGGUCGCUGCCUGCGCCUCCAAGGCCAUGGUAUGCCAGGUGAUCACGGUGCCCAUGUGCAGGGGGAUCGGCUACAACUUCACCUACAUGCCCAACCAGUUCAACCACGACUCGCAGGACGAGGCCGGACUGGAGGUCCACCAGUUCUGGCCCCUGGUGGAGAUCCAGUGCUCGCCCGACCUGCGGUUCUUCCUGUGCAGCGUCUACACCCCGAUCUGCCUGGCGGACUACAAGAAGCCCCUUCCGCCGUGCCGCUCGGUCUGCGAGAGGGCCAAGGCCGGCUGCUCACCCCUCAUGCGGCAGUACGGCUUUGCCUGGCCUGAGCGGAUGAGCUGCGCCAAGCUGCCCGUCCUGGGAGACCCUCUCAACCUGUGCAUGGACUACAACCGCAGCGAAACCACCACCCCAUCGCCCGCCUUCCGCAAACCCACCCUUGUGCCCAACAAGCCGCCCUCCUGGCCUCGCCCCGGGCACCAGCCGAGCGAAUGCCGUGGCAAGUGCCGGUGCAGGGAGCCUCUGGUUCAGAUCUCCAAAGAGAGUCACCCGCUCUACAACAAGAUCAAGACCGGCCAGGUGCCCAACUGUGCCAUCCCGUGCUACGAGCCCUACUUCAGUGAGGAUGAGAGGACAUUUGCCACCUUCUGGAUCGGGCUGUGGUGCAUCCUGUGCUUCCUGUCCACCUUCACCACCGUCUGCACCUUCCUGAUCGACAUGGAGCGCUUCAAGUACCCAGAGAGGCCCAUCAUCUUCCUGUCAGCCUGCUACCUCUUCGUGUCGGUGGGCUACAUCGUGCGGCUGGUUGCCGGCCACGCCAACGUAGCCUGCAACAAGGAAUACCACCACAUCCACUACGAGACCACUGGGCCCGCCCUGUGCACCCUGGUAUUCCUGCUCAUCUACUUCUUCGGCAUGGCCAGCUCCAUCUGGUGGGUCAUCCUGUCCUUCACCUGGUUCCUGGCGGCGGGCAUGAAGUGGGGCAAUGAGGCCAUCGCCGGCUAUUCCCAGUACUUCCACAUGGGGGCCUGGCUGAUUCCCAGCGUCAAGUCCAUCGCCGUGCUAGCGCUGAGCUCCGUGGACGGGGACCCCGUGGCAGGCAUCUGCUACGUCGGCAAUCAGAACCUGGACAACCUGCGCGGCUUUGUGCUGGCGCCCCUGGUGGUGUAUCUCUUCACCGGCAGCAUGUUCCUCCUGGCAGGCUUUGUCUCGCUCUUCCGGAUCCGCAGCGUUAUCAAGCAAGGGGGCACCAAGACGGACAAGCUGGAGAAGCUGAUGAUCCGGAUCGGCAUCUUCACGGUGCUCUACACCGUGCCAGCUGCCAUCGUGGUGGCGUGCUUUGUCUAUGAGGAGCAUUACCGGGAGCGUUGGGAGAGGGCGCUGAGCUGCUCCUGCCCGGGAGGCCAGCCCCAGCCUCGGCCCGAAUAUGCCAUCUUCAUGCUGAAGUACUUCAUGUGCCUGGUGGUGGGUAUCACCUCCGGGGUCUGGAUCUGGUCUGGGAAGACUCUGGAAUCCUGGAAGCGCUUUAGCAGUCGGUGUUGCCGGGCGAGGAAGCUGGCCAACGAAGCUGUGUACAACGAGGCCAGUGCAGCCCUGACAGCAAGGACAGGAGUCGCUGGCUCUGCUUCCUAUCACAAACACGUGUCGAUGUCACAUGUUUAACGCUCCCUGCUCAAAGGGUUCGCUUAUAUUGUAAAUAGAUAUAUAUAUAUAUACAUAUACAUAUAUAUAUAAUGAAAAAGUGCACCGAGGUAUUGUUGCCUCUUAUCUCAUGAGUCUUUUACACUGUCAACUUGGGGAUUUGAAUCGUUGUACAAUGCUCUAUUUUGUGGUAAGUGCAGAGUCGGUCACGUGUUGCUGUGCCAAGAGUGGCUGGGAUCUGGUCCAUUUCAAACCACAAACAGGAGGUGCCUACAUAAAAGAGGUGCACGUGUUGCAAGGGUUACAUUUUACGUUUGCGAUGCUCGUUUUUAUUGGGAAGGUGUCUCUUUUUUGUGCGCACAGUUUCCAAAGCCCCGGGAGCUGUUUUACUCAACAGGACGUGAGGGGAGGCUCAGUAAAAUACUAACAAGCAAUACCAGCGCAGUUCAUAGCUGCUGUACUCUCCCUGUCACCCUGUUUCUCUCUCUGUCCUGCGCUCUGUGGUUUGUUUGAUAGGCCAGCACCACAUUGUCUAGUCCAUUUCAAAUAUUAACCCAGUGUUGUUAAGAUUGUAGAUUGGAUAGAAGGAAUAAUUUUCUCCCUGGGCUGUUUGACAGACUCUUGCUACUGAAGAAAGAAGGGCUAAUGCCCGAAACGUCGAUUCUCCUGUUCCCUAGAUGCUGCCUGACCUGCUGCGCUUCUCCAGCAACACAUUUCCAUCUCUGAUCUCCAGCAUCUGCAGACCUCAUUUUCUCUUCAAAGACUCUUGCUACUAGCAACUGGGUGAGGCUCUCUUUCUGCCUGCCCAAGGACAUAGCUAUAUAAGUCCCUUCCCCUGUGCUUUGUGUCGAAAAGUAAUCUGUUCGAACCACUGUCAAAGUUAAUACUGGUGCCAUUAAUACAUCAAAGUACUGAAUGAUUUUACACAGUUUUAGAUCGCUCCCAAUAUCACUUAAAUCACAGUGCAGAUGGGAGUGUUGAUGGGCUUUUCCACCUCUCCAUUCCCUGUUUUAAACCUUGGUCCUUAUUUAGGGAGAGUGGUUUGUAUCAGGAUUUAGUGUGUGAACAUAAGCACUCUGCACUUGCAUACAGUUCUUGAAGGCAUUCCCCAGUCAGUGUCUGGAUUAAGGGUGGGCGAUGUGUGAAUCCAGGCAGUGAGUGGUCAUUGAGUGUGAAGGCAUUACUCAUUCAGGCUUGAUGAAUACGUGCACAGAUUAUAACAGUAAGGUAAACUUCUGCUGUCUAAUCGAUGAAUCUGGAGAGAGAGAGAGAGCCGAGGGUGAGGGUCAUCCUUAACUGAUGGCAAAUGUGUGUCUGGCAUUGAAAAUUGAGUGAUUUACAAUCAAAACUAUAGCAGAGACCAGUGUAUCUACCAGUGGUUGCACCUCUCUGUCGUUUUUUUUAAGAAAACUCGUUAAUGUGCACUGCCAGAUUUAAUGCAUUAAUUCACUCCCACCUUGAAUUAUUGGUCUUGGAUUAAAAAGAGUGGGCAAUGUGGAACUUAGCACUGCAGCCCAGGAAGGACCCAGCUUCCCAGUUAGUGUUGUAUCAAUUAAGGAAAGGACUAGCUUCUCGACUGUGAUACCCCUCCCAGUUGCCGCCUGUAGAUACACACCUGGGCAGCUUUCCCUCUGCUUGGAGAACAGGACUGUUAGGUCAAAUCCACUGAAUUCUGUCAUCCAUGUGCUUACUGAUCUCCAGUGUCCCCAGACUAUCAGUGUCUUAGUUUUGAGAUUCUUGCCUCUGUGCUCAUAUCCCUUCAGAGCCCCCCCCCCCCCGUCUUUGUCGCCCCUUCCAGCCCAACAAUCCUCUGCCUCUGUGCUGCUUCAAAUGUGGUCUCUUGCACAUCCCUAAUUUCCCAUUGUUCACUGUUGGCAAACACACCUUCAAUAGACUGGACAACAAGCUGUAGAAUUCUGUUGCACCUCUUUGUGGAUAUUCCUUGAGACAUGAUUUAUUUUAACCACUUGUUCUAACAUCUUUUUUAUGUGGCUCAGUAUUGAAUGUGUGUCUGAUUAAUCUCCCGUGAAAUACCUUGAAGUGUCAUAUUGUCUGUAAAUGCAAAUUAUUGCAUAGCAUCAGUGGGUGAGGGAGCAGGGGGUAGCCUAGGUCUGUUUUGCCCAGUUUUAAUGAUUAUUGCUGCUAAUUCAGUUCUGCGUUCUGCCUUCCUCAUUGAAUCUGCCUUAAUGAAAAAGUCUAGAAUGUUGGGAUACGUACAGCAGGGUGUCUUGAACUUUCUGCCCACUAGUGUACAAUUACAUACUAAUUUUUUAGAGAAAGGCCAAUGAUUCCUAAAAAACAGAACAAAAGGUCAGACACUGGAAAAUACACAGAAGUAGUCAACUGCUCAGUGAUGCUCAAUUUGGUCUCCACCAGGGCCACUCAGCUCCUGACCUCAUUACAGCCUUGAUUCAAGCAUGACGAAAGAGCUGAAUUCCAGAGGUGACGUGCCCUUGACAUCAAAGCCUCAUUUAACUGUGUGUGGCAUUAAGGAGUCCUAACAAACCUGGAAUCAAUAGGAAUUAGGUCAAAGUCUCUGCUGGGUGGAGUCAUAUCUAGCACAUAGGAGGAUGGUUGUGGUUCCUGGAGUUUAGUCAUCUCAGUUCCAGGAAUUCUUCAGGAUAGUGUCCUACACUCUACCAUCUUCAACUGCUUCAUCAUUGACCUUAACUCCAUCAUAAGGUCAGAAGUGGGGAUGUUCACCGAUGAUUGCGCAGUGUUCAGCCCCAUUCGCGACUCCUCAGGUAUUGAAGUAAGUCUGUGUCCAUAAGCAACAAGAUCUGAGUAACAUCCAGGCUUAAGCUGAUCAGUGACAAGUAACAUUUGUGCCAAUUAAGUACCAGGCAAUGAUCUUCACCUGACGAGAGAAGGUAACCGCUGAAAAUGUGUU